CCGAAGCUGCCGGUAGCCUACGUUUGGGGAAUUCCAAGAGACAGCCGAGGUCCCAAAGCGAAACUAUUUGCUGGAGCGACAGUCAUGUCGGAGAGCAUUACAAUUCGCAUUCAGUCUCCAGAUGGCGUUAAGCGAAUUAAUGCAAGCAAGAGGGAAUCUGCGGCAACAUUUCUUAAAAAGGUAGCCAAAGAGUUUGGUUUCAGGAAUAAUGGAUUUUCUGUAUAUGUGAAUAGAAAUCGGACGGGAGAAAUUUCUGCUACCCAAAACAAGUCCCUCCAUUUCCUUAAAAUCAAGCAUGGGGAUAUGCUGUUCUUGUUCCCAUCCAGCUCUGCAGGCCUUGCAGGCCCUUCCUCUGAUGUCAUGGAUACAAGCGCAACAGUUUCAGGUUCUCGGUCCCCACAGGUGGUAGAGGAUGAAAUUGACCAAUAUCUGAGCAAACAAGAUGGAAAAAUCUACAGGAACAGAGAUCCCCAACUGUGUCGGCAUGGUCCUUUGGGUAAAUGUGUACAUUGCGUUCCACUAGAGCCUUUUGAUGAGGAUUAUCUCAAUCACCUUGAUCCCCCAGUCAAGCACAUGUCUUUCCACGCCAACAUCAGAAAGCUGACGGGAGGUGCAGACAAAGGAAAAUUUGUGGCCUUAGAGAAUAUAAGUUGCAAGAUCAAAUCUGGCUGUGAGGGGCACCCACCAUGGCCAGAGGGAAUCUGUACCAAGUGCCAGCCCAGUGCAAUAACACUCAACAGACAGAAAUACAGGCAUGUAGACAACAUUAUGUUUGAGAAUCACACCAUAGCCGAUCGCUUCCUAGACUUCUGGCGUAAAACUGGAAACCAACGUAUUGGUUAUCUGUAUGGCCGAUACACUGAGCAUAAGGAUAUCCCUCUGGGGCUAAGGGCAGAAGUAGCUGCUAUCUAUGAGCCUCCACAGAUUGGAACUCAGAACAGCCUGCAGCUACUUGAUGAUCCAAAGGCCAAGGUAGUAGAUGAGAUUGCAGCCAAGCUUGGACUAAGAAAGGUUGGCUGGAUAUUUACUGACCUGGUCUCUGAAGACACAAGGAAAGGUACAGUCCGGUACAGCAGGAACAAGGACACCUAUUUCUUAAGUGCUGAAGAAUGCAUUACAUCCGGGUUUUUUCAGAACAAGCAUCCAAACCUUUGUCGAUUGUCACCAGAUGGACAUUUUGGUUCUAAAUUUGUGACAGUUGUGGCAACAGGAGGACCAGAUAACCAGGUGCACUUUGAAGGAUAUCAGGUGUCAAAUCAGUGCAUGGCACUUGUACGGGAUGAGUGCCUCCUGCCCUGCAGAGAUGCUCCUGAGCUGGGUUAUGCUAAGGAGUCCAGCAGUGAGCAGUAUGUACCAGAUGUGUUUUACAAGGACAUAGACAAGUUUGGUAAUGAAAUUACCCAGCUUGCACGGCCUCUCCCUGUAGAGUACCUUAUCAUUGAUAUCACAGCAACCUUUCCCAAGGAUCCAGUGUACACCUUUUCCACUUCUUCUAAUUUGUUCUCCAUUGAAAACCGGGAUGCCCUGGGUGAGACACAAGACUUUCACAGUUUAGCCACCUACCUUUCCCAGAAUCUGUCAUCCGUUUUCCUUGAGAUCAUCUCUGACUUCCAUUUGCUUCUCUUCUUGGUUACCAAUGAUGUUAUGCCUUUACAGGAAAGUAUCGGUUUGCUCUUAGAUGCUGUACGGACCAGGAAUGAAGAACUUGCCCAAACCUGGAAGAAAUCAGAGCAAUGGGCCACAAUUGAACAGCUUUGCAGCACAGUUGGGCACCAACCCUCAGAACUUCAUGAUUAUGGUGCCAUUGGAGGAGCCUCACAUGCUGCAUCUUCAUCUAUGUGGUCUUGCGUGCACUGCACCUUCAUGAACCAGGCUGGUACGGACCAUUGUGAAAUGUGCCGGCUGCCCCGCACCUAAAGUUAGGUUGCAGACCAGGGGAUAUGCCAACAGAUCCUCAAACAGCAGGCCCCUGAAACAAACUUUCUGCAAGUCCCUAUCCCAUUCCUAUCAAUGUGCUUUAGGACUGACAGGGAGGUGUUCUGGCUGCAAAACCUGCUUACUCACACUCUGCCAUCAGAGCUAAGGGUAGUGUUUUUACACAUUGACCCAGUCCACAGCUGGAUACCGCAGCCCUUUUGUGUUUUUAGGGGUUGAGCUCCCAAAUGUUCACCCCUGUAUUACCCCAUAUUCACAGCAUUGUCUGCAUUUUGCAGUAGCAGUAAUUUAAAAUCUGGGACUAGCACAGCUACGAAGUUUUAUUUACUAUAAGAACUUCAGUGGAAACAAUAAAUGGAAAGCACUUAUUAACCUUACAAUUUUUCAGAUGAUAAUUCUCUGGUAAAUACUCUGGCAAAUCAAAUCCUUUGUAUUUCAGAAACCUGAUAUAUUGGGUGAGCUCUAUGUACUGGGUAUCCUCACCUGCUCCUGAUUUCUAGGGUUGUAAUAGAGGCAGGUUGCUUAUCUUGGCAUAAAUAAAAAAGAUCUCAACUGUC